GAUAAUCUUUCAGUACAUCAACAGCUAUUCGUUAGGAUUGAAAAGUCGUGUGUGAAGAAUUAAAAUUUGAAAUUUUUGAUUAAAAGUGGAUAUAAAACCUAGAAAUGAAUUACGUAAGUCAGUAAAAUGUGUGGUAUCUGUGGAAGCAUUUCGUGGACUAAGAGUGCAGGCCUGUACUCGAAAAGAAAAUCUCUGGUGGAACAGAUGACCGCCCAACUAACACACCGUGGUCCGGAUAGUCAGAAUGUGUGGUCAUCUAGCAGCAGUAAAUGCAUUUUUGGCCAUUCUAGGCUGAUUGUUGUAGAUCCUGAAGGAGGAAGACAACCUAUGACCCUCACAGACUCCGAGGGUAAAGAUUACACAUUGAUAUACAAUGGAGAGCUCUACAAUACGAAGGAACUCCGGUUGGAACUGAAAAACCACGGACAUGUUUUCAAUUCCUACUCGGAUACUGAAGUUGUUCUCCGUGCCUUUAUGACUUGGAAGGAAAAAUGCUUAGACAAAAUCGUUGGAAUGUAUGCCUUUGCCAUUUGGUAUGAGGACGAACUUUUUGUCGCGCGAGAUCAGCUAGGCGUGAAACCUUUGUUUUUCUCUGUCUUGCGAGAAUCAUCUCGUUUAACGGAAUUCGUCUUUGCAAGUGAAGUGUCCGCUCUACUUAGUCACCCAGAAAUAACUUCUGACGUUCCUUUAACAAAACUGGAGACGAUGAUGGCACUGAUGAUAGUACGACUCCCUGGAAAUGUUCCCUUUCAUAAUGUGGAAGAACUGAUGCCUGGUCACUACAUUAAGGUUAAAAAAGAUGGCCUGUUCCUAACGAAAUAUUGGGAUCUGUCACUACCGUAUGCGACUAGUUUCCGUUCCAUCAGCAUGAACGAUGCGGCCCAAGACGUUCAAAAUUUAAUUAAAGAAGCAGUAUCAAGCCAGAUUGUCUCAGAUGUUCCAUUCGGUUGCUUGCUAAGCGGUGGUAUAGAUUCUACAACUGUGACCCAUUUUCUCGAUAGUGCUAUGAAGCAACGUUCUACGGUAUCAAGGGACACCUUACACACAUUCUCUCUCCAGCUUCCCGAGUACCAACAACUCUUUCAGAGUACAGCUACCCGGCGAACUAAUGACGAAAUCUACGCCGAACUGGUUGCUCAAAAGUAUGCCACUCGACAUCAUUGGAUAUCAAAUCAAUGUAACAGCACGGCAAAACUUACCGAGCAGGUUACGGAAGCUAAAUGUCACCCAAUUUUCGGUGACUUUGAUACUUCUCUCUUCCUUAUGUUCAAAGAGAUCAAAGAAAAUGGUGAAGCAACGAUGUUGCUGUCGGGUGAAGGAUCAGACGAAGUUUUCGGCGGUUACCAUCACAUUCACUGGGAUAAGCUGGUAGUGCCAGGCGGAGGACUUUCCGCAUUUUAUCAAAAUUUGCUGAGGGAAGAGUUGAAGGACAAGCUAGAUUUAGUUGGUUCUGUGCGCAAAUAUUACGACCGAAUUGUUUCACAUUGUCCCACUAUGGUUGGUGAGACAGAUGCAGACGAGGAGUAUAGGCGUAGAAUAUAUUUUCAUAUCAAAGCAUUUAUGCCAGCCCUGUUAGAACGAAAGGAUCUCUUAAGCAUGGCUUCAAGCUUGGAAGUUCGAGUUCCAUUUACAGAUCAUCGCUUAGUUCAGUACAUUUUUGCUCUGCCGAAAUCAUACAAUUACAACAAUGGCGUGCAAAAAUAUAUUUUAAGAAAGGCAAUGGAACAUGAAGCGAAUUUUCCGCGCGAAAUUUUAGAUAGAGAAAAGGUUCCAUUUCCUGUGUCCAUCGAUCCAAAAACUGCAUUGGAUGGCCAAGCGUUGAUGCUCAGUCUGUUGGAUAGCGUAGAAGAGGAACCAAUUUUUCGGAUAUUCGACAAGGAGAAAUUAGCACUUGCUCUCAAGGAUGGCUUUCGAAGUGAACUACUUCCUUCAAUGAUGCCGGUAAAUGGUGUCCAAACUAAUCUAUACUCAUUCAAUCACUGGCUGAAGAAGUACAACGUUCGUAUUGUGUGAAAUGUGUUCAGCAGAUCGGUUCAAGGUAAGGUGGGAAGAAAAAUCAGUUAUGAGCCGCUGCUACAAAAUUUGUUAGAGAAUAAGUAAAUAAAACGGUUCAUCAGCUAAUCUUAGCCUCAG